AUGGUAUUGAAGAGAGGUCACGUGCAGAACAUUCAUUGCCAUAGACAGUCGAGCAGAAACCAAGUAUUUAUUCGACAGGGAUUUUUAAGGUUGCUAUUCAGAACAUUUCUCAUUGAUGGGCUUGCUGGUUCUCAUUGGUUCAACUUGGUAGAACUGUCACUUCGCCUCAUGGCGUCACGAAUACAUCCGUUAUGUUUCUUAUUGCCGGAAAAUAUCCUGAACGGUCGUACAACGCUACAUACAUCCUCACAAUCUUCGAUCUAUACUAUUCGGAUUCGGCAAGGUCGGAGCGAAUCCUCCGAAUUCCUAGUAAACCUUAUUGUGAAAAAUAAAUUCAAUAAUUGGUAA